AGACAUUCACGUGCAUACCUCCACGUACCUGUUAACACCCUGAGGAAGAAGCACCUGUUCACGGCCCCGUCAAAACUAGACACGGAGAAGAAGCAUUCAGUUGUUAUGCAACACGUACCUUGAACAAACCUCCUGUUAUAGAAACACUGUUGCGGACGUACUGCAGUGUACUGUGUCCCUCCUUCACUGCUGCAAUGACACAAAGAGAAGAGAAAACAUACCAUCAGUGUUAGUCAUGGUGGAUUAUAAUAUGAUGCUAUGGCGAACAAGAUGGAUAUCAGCAGAGCCGACGGAGGCUCCUACACGGAUAAUCUCAUUGGGACUUUACUUGCUCUUUUUGGAAAUGUGCUUGUCAGCAUCUCCUUAAGUAUUCAGAAAUACAGCCAUGUGACAUUAGCAGGAACCAAGGACCUGCGUGUCUUCUACCGCACUAAAACCUGGUGGUGUGGUUUUGUUCUGACUUGUCUUGGGGAGGGAGCCAACUUUGUUUCCUAUGCCUUUGCCCCCCUUGCUCUCGUAGCACCUCUAAACGCUGUGUCUGUCCUUACUAGCUCAAUUUUGGGUCUUAUUUUUCUGCGCGAGAAAUCGAAGCCAAAGGACUUUGCGAAGCGCUAUGGACUGUCCUUCGUGGGCUGUAUUCUAACCAUAGGAGGAACAUACCUCUUUGUAGCAUUUGGACCAAACUCUCAUGAAAAACUCAAAGCAGAGAACAUUGUGAAGCACUUUGUAGGAUGGCCUGUUCUCUUGUAUCUGCUCCUGGAGAUUAUCACAUUCUGCCUGCUUUUAUACUUCUACAAACGGCGCAGUGCUAACUACCUCGUUAUUAUUCUGAUGCUGGUCGCGUUACUGGGCUCGGUCACAGUAAUCACAGUGAAGGCGGUGUCAGGCAUGUUGGUUCUUACCAUCGAGGGCAACAUGCAGCUUGACUACCCGAUCUUCAGCGUCAUGUUUGUGUGCAUGGUGGCUUCAGUGGUCUUCCAGGCCAGAUUUCUCUCCCAAGCUUGUAAGCUGUAUGACUCCUCUCUGAUUGCCAGUGUCAACUACAUCCUCUCCACCGUCUUUGCCGUGGUAGCUGGUGCUGUGUUUUACUUGGAGUUUAAAAAUGAAGACGUCCUUCACAUCUGCAUGUUUUUGUUGGGAUCUGCAUUCUGUUUCUUUGGGGUCUUUCUCCUCACCAAAAGCAGGAAAAGGACCAAGACCUUUGAGCCAUAUGUCACUAUGGAUAUGGUUAAUGGUGUCCCAACUAUUCAUGACAAGGGCCUGGUUGUUCAGCCUGACUCCAACAGUGCUUUCUCCUAUGGAGCUCUGGUCAACAACGAUGGAGUGGCUCCUGCUACUCUACCAGUCAACCUGGAACAACCACCAGUCGGCUCCAGAUCCACCGAUGCAUCUCAUGGCCUGCCUGACCUAAAGAAAGAUUAAAACCAAUAUAGAUAUUUUUUUUUUUUUUCUCCUUCAUUCAACUAUCUACAACAUUCAAGGACCUUGAAAGGUUCAGUUCUUUUAACAUAUACACAAGACCAAAUCUAAGCCCAGUAGGAGGUGUCCACUGGGUGUUUGACUCUGCCUUUACACUCCUAUCUACAUGCUUUCCUUUCUGAAAUCUCAAAACCAAAACGUGAUCUUGAGAAGCAUUCCUUUUUUUUGUGAGAAGAUUACAGUUGUAUUCAUUCCAAAAAUGAACGGAAGAGACCUGAAGCUGCUGGAUGUUGUGGUGGAAUCACAAACGUGUGCUUAAUAUGACCGCAGAGAUGGUGUUGUGCCUUGAAGCUUACUGCCAUCACUCUGUGUUAGCUUUGAAAUGUAAGGACUCACUUCCAUGACCGUUAAGCAAUUUGUUGCUCAUUAAAGGGAACCUACAGGGAUCUGUUCUUCCGAGGAUUGUGUAGUUACUCCUCAAAUCUCGUCAAAGUUAUAUAACGUAGCUGCAGACUUGCCAAUGAACAUUUUGUCUUUAAAUAUCUGCCUCUAGCUCUCUCUUACUGUAUAUGAGCGGUUUUAACUCCACAAUUUUGCCUCUCAUUUUUGGAAUUUCAUUGUAUUACUAUUUAUCCUGAUGUGACCAAACAAUGGGUGCAGAUGUUCUAAUUUAUUGUAAUGUAUUUAUUAAUUUUAAAGUUAGCUUUUAGUGUGCCUUAAACAGUAACUGUAUACUGGAUCAAUUACUGUAAGGUGGUGCAUAACUCAGGUAGGUGAGUAAAGCACCACUGUAGCAGUUAUAAAAAGGCAAGUGUAAUCUGUCAGUGUGUAUUGGAACAAAAAAUAUGAAACCUUUUAAAAAAAAAAAAAAAAAAAAAAAAAAAAAGGUGAUAUCACUUUGGAUGACUCAAAUAGAAGAGAAAUGCACAAAUAUUUAAAUGUGCACUAUAAGUAUAAAUAGUUGAUCUACUGUAGAAAGCAAAUGUCUAAAUUUAGUUUUUGGCUAAAUGAAUUUUGUUGCCCCUUUAACCUGAUGCCUAGAUGUUUCUGAUGACAAAUCAAGAACUAAAACUAAGUGUAACCGAUGUGAUAGUGGAAUCACUAAAUAACUCUGUUACAUAAGUAUGCAGUUAAUGUUGCAAAAUGACCAUUUUGUUAUAUUUUUCAAAUGUUACCUUCCCAUUAAAAUUUUACAAGCUAAAAGAUAAUACAGCAAUAAGAGAAUAGGCAUUUUAUUAUUUAAUACUUGCUGUGUAUGGCUGAAUAAAUUGGAUACGCUCCACCUCUACAUAUGUAGCAAUACAUUUCUACAGUGUUAAUAAAGCAGAGAGCCUUGCCACAGUA